UCAUAAUUAGAGGUAAUUAAUAUGAGAAGAUGUGGUGUGAUGCUUGUGUGGUAUAGACGCUAUAUGAAAUGGUUCCCACUUUAUCAUAUGCUACCCUAAGUCAAUGCUUAGAAAUACCAAAUCUAUGAUCUUCAAGAAAAAUGUGAAAACCCCACUUGCUAUUCUGCAACUUUACAGCAUCCAUACUUCAACCCAAUGCUACCCACAUGGAAGGGACCCCAUCAACUAUUCAAAACUCUUGAGUGGUUAUUUGAAGUCUGGGGAUAUCAUAAAUGCAGGGAAGCUGUUUGAAGAAAUUCCUAAACGGGAUGUAGUUUCAUGGUCUAUAAUGAUCCAUGGUUAUAAUAGAAAUGGGUUUCGGAGAAAAUCCAUGGAACUGUUUUCCCAGAUGAGGAUUUCUAGUUUGGUUCCAACUUCUUUCACCAUGGUUGGUGUUCUUGUCAGCAUUGCAGGCUUAGGAGACCCUGUGCUUGGGCAAUGUGUUCACGGACUAAUUCUCAAAUAUGGGCUUGACUCUGAUUUUAGAGUGGUUACUGCUUUGUUGAAUGCAUAUGCAAAAUGCGGAAAUGUGGUUGAUUCUUAUAGAGUGUUUGAGCAACUAGAGAAUCCGGGUUUGGUCUCAUGCAGUGCGAUUGUUUCCGGGUUUGUCUACAAUGAGCUCUUUGAAGAGGCUGUUGUAUUGUUUAACCAGUUCCGGAAGCUUGGCAUGGUGCCUAAUGCUGCAACAGUAUUGACUCUCAUUCGAGCUUGUGUAGCUUUAGAGUCGCGGCGACUGUGUGAAUCCAUUCAUGGGAUGGUUGUAAAACUGAGUCUUGUUUUGGAUGUGGCUGUUAACAACUCGGUUCUUGAUAUGUAUUCAAGUAUGCUGGAUUUGGAUGCUGCAACAAGAGUUUUUGAAGGGAUGGAGUGUAGAGAUGUAAUCAGCUGGACUACAAUGAUUAAUUUACUGGUCUGUCUUGAGUAUGCUUCUGAUGCUCUCAUGCUUUUUCGCCAGAUGAGAAUUACCGGGAUCAGUAAUGAUGUGGUGGUUGUCAUGAAUCUGAUUUCAGCUUGUGCUAUUUUAGGAGAUUUGAAGAGAGGCAGAGAAAUCCAUACUCAAGCUAUUGUAUGUGGAUUUGGAUCAGAGCUCCCUCUUACAAACUCGAUCAUUGCAAUGUAUUCAAAGUGUGGCGACCUAGAUUCUUCAAGAACUGUGUUUGAUCAAACUACUGGGAAGAGUCUUGUUUCCUGGACAGCGAUGAUUUUAGGAUGUGUGCAGAAUGGAUGCCCAAGAGAAGCACUGAAGUUCUUGAUUAAAAUGAGAGGAGAAGAGAGUUUUUACCUUGAUUCAGUAAUGCUGAUAGGGGUUCUAUCAGCUUCUGGUGAACUUGCUCUUUUGGAGCUCUGCCAGCAGCUCCAUUGCUAUGCUUUUGAAUCUGGUUUCCCCCGAUAUAGAUUGGUUCAGAAUAGUCUGAUAUCAGCAUACUCAAAGUGUGGAGAUGUGGAACCUGCUUACAAUGUGUUUGGGCAGAUGGGUUAUAUCCGAGAUAUAGUAUCUUGGAAUGCAAUUCUAAACGGGUAUGGGAUCAAUGGCCAUGGAGAAAUUGCUGUCACCCUCUACCAUGAAAUGAGGAAGUGCCGGGAAAAUCCUGAUGCUGCGACGUACCUUUGUGUUUUGAGUGCUUGUAGUCACUCAGGGUUGGUGGAUGAUGGUCUGGCUAUUUUCAAUCAGAUGGUGGAAGAGCGUACAAUCAGGCCUAGCCAAGACCACUGCGGGUGCAUCGUUGACUUGCUUGCAAGAGCAGGCUGCUUCUCAGAUGCAAGUGAGUUUGUAAGCCGAUAUAUGGAGAAGAUGGGUCCAAAUGCUUGGAGGGCUUUGCUCAGUGGAUGUCGGCUUCAUGGUAAUGUAGGGCUUGCAGAACUUGCAGCUAGAAGGGUGUAUGAACUGGAUCCAGAAGAGCCGGGUCAAGUCGUUCUACUUUCAAAUGUUUAUGCAUCAGUUGGGAGGUUCCAGGAUGCUGAAGCUUUGAGAGCAAGUAUGAAGAAGAAGGAAUUGAUCAAGAAUCCGGGGAUAAGCUUGCUUAAUAGAAUCCCAUAUGAUGUUGGUUGACAAAUUUCCAAUCCUAGUAAGGAAAAUGUCUCUCAGGGUAAUAACCAUUUCUGAAAUCCAAUGAUUGACAGAAUUUGGAACACCAAGGGGGGAAAACCACUGCAACAUAGAGCAGAACCAAACCUUGUGGCUCUGAAAAUGCCUAAAGCAAGAGCUGGAACUGCAUCAGGCUCAUCAACUACCCAAGUCAGAUAAUUUUUAUCAGGAGUUUGAAGUUUUCAGCCUUUCCUUCAAGUGCUGCCAUACCUGCAAGGAGAACCUCCUACAACUUCACUCACCCUACCAUUUCCAGAUGCUCUGAAAGGCUCCAAAACCAAUCAAGAAACGACUCGAUGAUAAACUGAACGAUGACCUAAAUAAACCUAAUCCAAAUUCAACCAUUGCAGAGUUUCCAGAUUGCCCAUAUCAAAAACUAACCAAAUGUGUUUGAUUCUGCAUACUUAUUUCCUUGUAUUUGAAGAACCAAAUUCCAAAACUAUAUGUUGAAAUCAUAUUUAAAUUUGGUUGGGA